AUGGAGUGCUCCUCUUUGCUUGUCAUUACUCUGGCAUUGUGUCAGCCUUCAUUUGGAAGCUUUUCAGAUUCUCACGGCGAUUCACUUGGAAGGACUCAAAGCACAGAGACCAUCAUCCAUCCUGUGAGUGAAGUCAGAGGGAACAACAGCGUGCUAGGCAGUGGAAAUAGAGUGGAUAGCGCAGUCCUUCCUAUUACAGAGGAAACAAGAAAGCAAAACGAGUCGGCAUCAACCGGUGCCUCGACCGUAACGCUUCCUCACUCACUGCCUGGAAUAGCCAAUAGAAAUUCUUCGGUGACAAUGGUCACUCAAUCCAGUGUAAAAUCGCAGGACACUCUUUCGGAAGGCAGACGCGCAGGAGUUGAUAAUCGUCCUCAGACAGGUGCAGACCACUCUGUCGAAACCCGUGGUUUUUCCUCGGUGACCAAUUUGUCAGGAUCUGGACGACCCUGCAUUCCAAGUCCUUGUGUCGUUCUCACCAAUUACAACGGCACCAACCUGCUGUGGGACGACAUGAGGCGCACGCUGGCGUUCGCCUGGGAAAUCCACGUCUUCGGCUCGGCCAGCCUCUUCAUUCUGAUGGCGUCCGUGGCCGUUUUAGGAAUGGCCGGUGCCUCCACUCUCCCUUACCCCCACUGUGGUACGCUGCUGCUGGCUAACAGCGCCCUGAUCGUGAGUGGCGCUCUGCGGGCCGUUCACUUGCUGCUGGAUCCUUAUGGUACUCGUCAGAUCGUGUCUCACACUACGCUGGCAGCACUGCAGAACAUUCCCAUGCAGCUGUUGCUGUGGGCUCAGGUCACCCUCACACUUAUCACGCCCAGGAGGUUCAAAUUGUUCCUUUUCCCAGUCAUGUUACAGCAGCCUCAAGUUGUUGUGGGGCUGCUUGUAUCACACUGCACAGUCUUGCUGGGCGCAGACUUAUAUUUCUCCGCUUUCUUUCCACUCUUCCCUCUUUUGCUGCAGACUCUGUCACUCUGUUGGGGUCUUCCGUUUUGCCUAGAAAUACUCAUGAAGUCCCUCUGCCAUUCAAAUACGUUCCUCAGGUCAUCACUUCCUCCUGGGCUUCCUUUACAAAGGAUCGAGAGGUGUGCCAAGCGAGUAAUGGCCGUGUGUGCCUGCCUUGGCAUCAUGUGCUGCAACCUUCAGAUUUGUAGUCUUCUCUGGCUCUACGGCCUGAUGGGCAACUGGAGGCGUUUCGGUUGGUGCUGGUGGCUCAGCCAGUUUUGGGCCAGGAUCCUGGAGUUAGCCUGGGGUUCCUCGUUGCUCGUCUUGGGAUCCUGGAUCUUCUGGAUGCCCACCAGGAGGUGCAGCAGGCAUCAAGUGUCUAAAAGAGGGAGCAAGACAACGAGCUUGUGGGACAAGGUUUUGGCCAGUUUCCGAAAAAGGCAACUCAAAAGCACUGAGAAGAAAUGGAGAAGGCUGCUGCCAAACAACCUGGCAAAGCAUAACUUCUCGCCGGCAAAUUUCAGCAAUAGCAUGAUGUGUCCAUAUGAUGAUCAACCAUCUGUCAUCGUAUCAGAAUACAAGCGGGAGCCUUCUGGCAAUAACAACUAUGACUCGCAGGCUACACUCAUGUGGCAAAGAGUUGGUGAGCGAGAAUGUAUUCUCUCGCUUAUAGAAUUUGACACGAGGCCCCCAUCUCCCAUUACCCUGAGAUGCGGUGCCGACAGCGCUCUUCAUCACGGACAGCUUUUGGCCGGAAGCCUGUUCACACCUCCUCCUCCCUCUUGGACACAUUCUGAUGGAGAGAAUGGCAUGGCGACAUUCCCCCCAGCUUAUGUUGACUACGGCUGGAUGAUGGAUACGGAGUCCAUCCCUGCAUCUCUGGACCACUUCCAAGCCACAGAGCCAAUAGAGUCAAACAGUGCAGCCACUGGUCAUUGUUAUAGUGGGGAGUCACCAAAAGGACUUCAGGAAGAAGAAGUUCGAUCAAAGUUUUCAUCGCCCUUGUAUCAGAAUGAUUGGUCUGAUGAAGAUGUCACGGACCUUUAACACGUUUGUAAAUGAUCCAUUUCCUGGUACAUUUUGCACACUCGGGGGAUUUCUAAAUGUUAUGGAUUUGUAUUCCUUUGGAUUUAUUGUCCAUUCCUAGUUUUGCUGAUCUGAACAAUGUGAUAAUUGUGUUCACUUCUCCUAUUGUGCCGGAAAAUAAAGGACACGAGUGAAUUAUAUGAAGUAGGGGUCAAGUACAGAGCCACUAGAGUCAGAUAUUUUUUUUUUCAAAUUUCACAAACAUGUCAGCCUGUAUUGGUGUUAGAAAAUCUACAAAAGAAACACAACAGCCCCCCCCCCAAUACACUGAAAAGACAAUUCAAAAGUUACAAAUGAUUACAAUUUGUAUUUCAAUUAUUUCUAUUUGUAUACAAAAGAUAGUACUGUCAAUAUAUCAUGACAGACAUUUGAGUUUGCAGUAUUUGUAGUUACCGUAAUACAGUACUUCAAAUUCAUAAUAAAUAAUAUUGAAUGUGAUGCUCUGAAUAAAAUGUUUUGUGUAAAUCGUCAUGAGAUGAUUUCACACACUGACACGUUGAUGGAAAGACGACGGACAACU